UGUAGUGAGUUAGUUUUCACAGGGCCAAAACCUGUUGUGGAUUUGCAUAGACAGACGGCCUGUAUAAUACAAUACAGUGGUGUGGGGCUCCAGAACCCAGAGGACUGUACAGAUACACGGCACUGUGUGGACUCAUACAAGAGAAUCAGGAGAACUUAAUCAGCAUGCAGAGUGUGAGUUCCCCAGGGAGGGGGGGCACCCUGUCGGAGGAGUCGUUCCAGUGUUCUAUCUGCCUGGAGGUAUUCGUGGAGCCCGUCUCUACCCCCUGCGGACACAGCUUCUGCAAGGCCUGUCUGCAGGGCUACUGGGACCACAGCAAGAAGUUCCUGUGCCCCAUGUGUAAGAAGAGCUAUAGCCGGAGGCCGGAACUUAGCAUCAACCGGGUACUAGCCGAAAUCGCUGCCCACUUCCAGGGCCUCGAAAUAGGUGUGGUUUCACCGAACACAAAGGGGGGUGCGGUGGCUGGGAGUCCGGUGGCGGGUCACAGGGUUCACGGAGAGUCACCAGCAGCUGCGGCGGAGGGUGGAGAGUUUGCCCGGGCAGGCGAGGUGCCGUGCGAUGCGUGCAUCGGGAGGAAGAUGAGGGCCCUGAAGUCGUGUCUCAACUGUCCUGGGUCAUUCUGUGAGGCGCAUCUCCGACAUCAUAAGAAGGUGAAGUCUCUGAUGUCUCACCGCCUCGUGGAGCCUGUGCAUCACCUGGAGGAGAAGAUCUGUAAGAAGCAUGAGCGCCUGCUGGAGGUCUACUGCCGCAACGACCACGGCUGUGUCUGUAUCACCUGUGCCGAGGCCACCCACAAGACUCACGAGAUCGUCUCUGUCGACCGCGAGUGGAAGAAAAAGAUGAAUUAUUUGGGCAAGAGGAGGUCGGAGCUGAAACACCUGAUCAAGGAGCGGGCCAAGAAGCUGGAGGAGAUCAAACAGUCCAUACGGGUCAUCAAAAGCAGUGCUCAGAAGGAGUUGGAGGAGAGCUGGCAGGUGUACGCGGAACUUCAGUGUCUAGUGGAGCAGAGCCAGGCUGAGCUGGUGGAGCUGAUCGCUACGAGGCAGCGCGAGGCUGAGAGGCAUGCCCAGGAGCUGGCCCGAGGUCUGGAGAGUGACCUGAGCCAUCUCAGGAAGAGGAGCGAAGAGUUGGAAGCCCUGGCACAGAACCAGGACAAAGUCAGCUUCCUCCAGAGCCUGCCCGCCCUGGCACCCCUCCCGGAGCCCAUUGAUUGGUCAGGAGUGAGUGUGAACACUGACCUGUACCUGGGUACCAUCCAAUCAUCCGUCAGCACCCUCGUCGACAAGUUCCAGGAAGAACUCAAGAGGCUGUAUGGAAAAGAGCUAAGGAAGCUGCAGAACUAUGCAAGUGAGGUGUUCCUGGAUCCGGGAACGGCCCAGAGGAACCUGGUCCUGUCCGAGGACGGUCGCCAGGUGAUGUACGAGGAACGAAAGCACAACCAGUCAGAAGACACUCGCCGCUUCAACCCCGCCCUCUUCGUGCUCGCCUGCGAGUGCCUCUCCUCGGGACGCCAUUACUGGGAGGUCGAGGUGGGCCGCAAGACCGCCUGGACUGUGGGCGUGGUGCGAGCAUCGGCCCGCCGGAAGGGAGAGAUCAAGCUGAGCCCCGAUGGAGGGUACUGGUGCCUGUGGCUGAAAAGUGGGGAGGUCAAGGCUCUGGCUUCCACUCGACUGCCCCUACAGCUGACCUCUCACCCCCAGAAGAUCGGGAUCUUCCUCGAUUACGAAGGCGGCCAGGUGUCGUUCUAUGACGUCAAGGCUCGCACGCACCUCUUCACAUUUGAGGAUACCUUUAAUGAGAGUUUGUACCCCAUCUUUAGCCCCUGUCUCAAUCAGGAGGGAAAGAAUGCGGCCCCGCUCAUCAUCAGUGCUGUGAACUUUGUGGCCUGGAUCUCACAGGUCAGAUAUGACAGGUCAGACAACGAUCCUAAUGUAAAGUGUUACCGAACACAGCAAUAUAAAGUGUUACAGAACACUGCAAUGUAUAGUGUUAGCAAACACUGUAAUGUAAAGUAUGACCGUGCACGGUCUUCUCUGCCAGUAAUGGCUUACCUUGCAGGAAAUCAUGGAAAUCUGACGGAGGAGCAGGUCCACUGCUCCAUCUGUCUGGACGUGUUCACCAAUCCUGUCUCCAUCCCCUGUGGACACAACUUCUGCCGCUGCUGCAUCCUAGACUACUGGAAGACCACCGCCCUGUUCCAAUGCCCCAUGUGCAAGAAGACCUUCUUCAAGCGGCCCGACAUUAGCAUCAAUACCGUCCUGAGGGAGAUCGCUGAGCAAUUUAAGGACAUCAGGGUUAGCAACGCCGAGUGUCUCCAACAGCAGGAGCUGAAAGAGGAACGAGAGUUGCAGAAGAAGAUGGAGGAGCAGAAAAAGAAGAUGGAGGAGCAGAAAAAGAUGGAGCAGGAAAUGAAGAAGAAAGAGCAACAGGAACUGGUUCAAAAGCAGCAGAAACUUCUCCAGGAGCUGAGACAGAAGCAGGAGAUGCAGAAGCUACAGCUGCCACAGCUGCAACGAACAACGAGCCUGGAACCAGAGAAACCGAUGGAGGGAAAACCAGAAGAGAAGCCCGAGCGAGAGCCAGAGGAACCUCCAGCCGAUGCUCCUCCAUCUCCACCCCACAGCCCAUGGGGCGAGGUGUCUUGUGAUGUCUGCAUGGGCGACCGGAUGAAGGCCGUAAAGUCCUGCCUGGUGUGUCUGACCUCAUACUGCGAGGAACACAUCAAGAACCACAACACCCGCUUCACUAAACACAAGCUGAUCGAACCCGUGGCUAACCUGGAAGAGAGGAUGUGUCCCAAGCACGAGAGGCUCCUGGAGCUGUUCUGUAAGAAAGACCAUAUCUGUGUGUGUGUGCUGUGUACGGAGACGGACCACAGAGCUCACUUUACUGUGCCUGUAGAGAGGGAGUGGACUGAUAAGAAGGCUCAGCUGAAGAAGACAGAGAUAGAUGUACAGCAGAUGAUCCAGGAAAGACUGAAGAAGAGGGAGGAGAUCAAGCACUCAGUGGAGCUGAAUAAAUCCAGUGCCCAGAGGGAGAUCGAGGACAGCAUACAGGUGUUCCAGGAGCUGAUUCGGUCCAUCCAGAGGACCCAGGCUGAGCUGGUGCUGGCUAUCGAGGAGAAGCAGAGAGAGACAGAGAGGUGGUCCCAGGACCUGAUAGCGGAGCUGGAGCAGGAGAUCACUGAAUUACAGAGGAGGAAUACAGACUUGGAGCACCUCUCACGCACAGAGGACCACAUCCACUUCCUACAGAGUUUCCCAGCCCUGUGUACCCCUCCAGCCACUAAGGACUGGUCUGGGACCCAUGUACAUACUGAAGUGUGUGUUGGGAUCAUCAGGAGAGCCAUGUCCAAAUUGGAAGAGACGAUGAGUGAGGAAAUUGACAAACUGGUGGACACUGAGCUGAAGAAGAUUCUUAAAUACACAGCGGACCUGACCCUUGACCCAGACACAGCCAACCCGUGGCUCCAGCUCUCGGAGGACCGCCGUCAAGUGAGGCACCUGGGGGCUUGGCAGGACCUCCCGGACAUCCCAGAGCGUUUCGACACGGUGGUCAUUGUCCUGGGUCGCGAGGGCUUCACCACGGGACGCCACUACUGGGAGGUCCAGGUGGGGGACAAGGAUGACUGGUACCUAGGCGUGGCCAAGGCAUCAGUCAACAGGAAGGGGCGUAUCGCCAUCAGCUCUUCCCAGGGCUACUGGGCGCUGGCCAUGAAGAAAGGCCAGAGGUAUAGGGCCUCCACGACCCCGCCGUUAUCUCUGACCCUUGACCCCAAGCCAAAGAGGGUUGGGGUGUAUGUGGAUUGCGAAGAGGGCCAGGUUUCGUUUUACGACGUGAAGGAGAGGAAUCAUAUCUAUACGUUCAUGGAGGACAACUUUAAGGAUAAGUUGUUUCCGUUCUUUUAUCUGUACUGUUGUGAUAAACAGUCAGAUGCCAUUGUGAUCUGUCCGAUCAAUGAAAAGAGUUUGAUCAAGCAAUGCUGAGAAACACACUGACAACAACUCUGAAAGACUACAAUUCUGUCUGCAGAAAAUACCUUGACAAAUGAUCUUGGUAGGGAAACCGUGUAAAAAUCAUAAACUGACUCUUAGCGGUGGCUUAAAGUGCCUUGAUAUUGAUAUUUGUUAUGGUGAUAACAAGCUGAUUUAUUAUAGUGGUGUCCAGCGCCCCUAGGCCCCUGGUCAGUUAAACCCUGUUGAGAAAGACUACAACUCUGUCGACAACUCUGAAAGACUACAAUUCUGUGUGUAGAAAAUAGGGGAGAGUAGGGUAUGUUUAACAAUUUUUUACAUUCAGCAUCACUACGUCAAGGGAAAUAUAGUUUUCUUUCUAACAAAGAUAUCCACAUAUAUUUCAGGAUGUGGUGUCUCCCUGAAAAUAAUCAGAAUUCGUGUAAACAUAACAGUUUUGAAAACAUAGCCUUUCCAAAAUAAUGUGGUCUCUUGGCACAACUUACACCGGGUAUGGGGUAAGUUGAGCAUAGGGACAGGGUAAGUUGAGCCGCCUUGGGGUAAGUGGGUAGUGGUGUCCUGUGACAGUGGUUGACGGUGCUGUUAGGUCAAAGUUUAAUUCAUGGAAUGGGUAUAUUGUAUAUCUCAAAUAUGUCUACAUUCACAUACAGAUCUCUCUGUUCAAUAUCCCAUAACUUUCUAUUUCUUGACCAGUUGUCUGGGAAAGGGAUGUUGUUUCGAUGUGCCACUUCGUAGGCUAGUUCUCUGCAUUUGAGGCUACUAAGCCCAUGAAACUGGUCCGAAAGAUUAUUGAUAUGUUUAGCAAGCUCAGACUCCAUGUCAUCAGAUAAGACCAUACAGUAUGUGCCUCUGCUACUCUAUCAUAGCCUCUCUUUUGCACAGCUAAAUGUUUGUUUUAUUUUUUGUGAUUCAAUCAAUUUUUUCAUCCCUUGCUGAUGCUCGAAUGGACUUCUUCCCUUCUCUCACUUCCCUUGCUGCUCUCUCAAGAACCUCAUGGGGGCUAGACCCUUGCUUGUUUUACGUUUGUGUACACGGGACAUGAUGAUGUCUGCUCUAUAACAAUAGAAAUGUACUAUCUUGAGUUCAUGUGCAUUACUGUAAGGGUUGGUGUGAGGUGUGACCCAGGUGCAGUGCAGGAUAGACAGUCGGCAGAGAUGGUGAAACAAGGAU